AUGGAAGGAAACAUCGAUAACGCCAGACAAUACUUGAACAGCGGCGAGGGACAAGGAUUGAAACAACAGCUUUUCGGAGGAGAUCAACCCACUGGUGAUCCUCAAGCUGACGCUCCAUCCUUCGACCAUCAAGGCAACCCCGGUCAACCUGGACAAUUCGGACAAGAAGGUCAAUUCGGUGCUGUCACUGGCAAAGGUUUCGGAGGUGGGUUUGCAGGUGGCAACCAGUCUCAACCUCAAGGCCAAGGACAAGAAGGCAAGAGAUUUGGAGAAGUUACUGGACAAGGAUUAGGUGGAGCCUUAGAAGAGAAAAAAGCGGAGAAGAAAAGUGAUUAUGAAGGAAUGGAUGUAGGGGAUAGCACAGCAACAGGAGGAUACGGCAAGAACGCCCAAGGAUUCUCUUUCUCAAGACAAAACCAGAUGGGUACCGAUCAUGAUAACCAUGCGAAUCCCGGUGGAGUUUACGGCAACGACGAUGACCACAGAGAAGGUAUUAAAACUGGUUAUUCCACUCCUGGAUAUAGGAAGGAAGGUGAUGAUGAGGAAGAGAACGCUAGGAGAUUAAACCAAAAUGUCUACGGCCAACAAGCUGAUGAUAGAGGUGCGAAAGGGAAUGACUAUAACGAAGCUGAAAUCUGA